UCCUGACUUCUCUCUCUAAGCGCUGUCCAUAGUUAAUAGGUCUAUGGUUCCAUCCACUCGUUCUGUAUGUUCCGUGAUAAAGCGACCUAACUUGUUGAAGUUUGUACUUUGUAGUGCUUCAUGUACGUCCGUGAGUUUUAAUAAGACAUCCUGUCAUCGCGAUAUUUUGCAUUCGGCCGUCGUCGGUAUUAUUAAAGAAAAAAGAUAAUUUUACUUAAUUCUGUAGCGUACUUACGUUUUGCCUUUUGGAUAUAAUAAACGUUGGAGAUUGUAUUGUGGCAAUAAUAUCGGCCAAUAAAUUAUCCAGCGUGAACGAGCAGUGCCCAAGUACCUACCUUUACCAAAUAGAAAAACAAACAAUAAAACAAUAGAGAGGAUAUAAUUAAACAUGGAACCGUUAAGAACAACAUCUGAUGAUUCUGGGAUAAAUUCCAAGUUUUAUGUUAUGAUACGCAGAAGUAGAGAGUUAUCAAUUCCGCUUAUUAGAUGUGAUCAUCAAGUAUCUAAUACAAAUGUUAAACAGAAAAAUAUUGAUAAGCAAAAAAUUGUCAAUGAAUCAGACGGUUCAUUGAGAACAACAUUUGAAGAAUCUGCCAUAAAUUCCAAAUUUUAUGAUAUGAUACGCAGAUGUAGAGAGUUAUCAAUUCCACUUAUUAGAUGUGAUCAUCAAGUAUCUAAUACAAAUGUUAAACAGGGAAAUAUUGAUAAUCAAAAAAUUGUUAAUGAAUCAGACCGUUCGUUAAGAACAACAUUUGAUGAAUCUGCGAUAAAUUCCAAGUUUUAUGAUAUAAUGCACGAUACUAGAGUGUUAUCAAUUCCACUUAUUAAAUGUGAUGAGUAUUAAACAUUAAACAGGGAAAUAUUGAUAAUAAAGUAUUUGAUCAAACAAUUAAAGGAGAAAUUGUUAAAGGAACCACCCAUGACAAUGAUGGUCAACCAAGGAUAUGAAUAUAAUUUAUAAUAGUAUAAUUGUAAAAUAUAAAAUAUAUGGAUGGUACAAUUUUUAUAUUUAAAAUUUUUUUUUUAUAUUUGUGGUUUAACCUUUAACGACAUUGCUCAUAAAAAUAAAUAAAUAAAAAGGAUUGGCAAGUGGGUUCUGCUAUGCUGUACAUAAAAUGUAAAUUAGGUGAGUGUAAGCUUGUAACAGAUGUGUUAAAUUUUA